UCGCACCCCCUUGCUCCAAAAUUUCCCCCUUGGCUGUGGCCAAUGCCCUGCCCCACGCUGCCCUCCUGCCCCCAGCCUGGGGCACGUGGCAUGCCAAGGGCACCCCCCCCGUGGGGGGGUCCCAACCAUAUUUCUAAUGGUGCCAAGGGGAGGCACACACCCAGUGCGAGCACAACCCCAACAUCAGCCCUCAGAGAAUUGCCCAGCCAACCUGGCCGUGCUCCUGGCACCGGAGGCCCUUCUACACCCACCACCAGCCCAACCCGGUGUCCACGGCACCUGGGCAGGGCUGGGGACUGGUACCAGCAGGGCCAGGUACCCAUGCUCAGCACGUGGGCGAAACAAUCGCGAUCGAUCCCCGCACGCUGUGAUCCACCCGGCCCCUUCCAUGCCUCCCCCCCCAGAAAAACAUUUGCCACCCCUUUCCCCAUGGGGUGCUGUCACCUGUCCCCUCCCACAGUCCCCCAACAGCGCUCGCUGCUCCCCUGCCUCAGUUUCCCCACCUGGCCGCCCCCCAACGCCUGUCCCCGCUCCUUCCCCCCAGAUGUACGGCCGCUACACGCAGGACCUGGGCACCUUCGCCAAGGACGAGGCAGCCCGGCUGCGGCUGCAGCAGGAGCAGGGGGACGACGGCACCCCGCAGCCACGCCGCCCCUCCAAGCUGCUGGAGUACAGCCAGGGCCGCUGCGCCCCCCGCUGCGGCUGCGCCGUGCGGUGCCAGCAGUUCUUCAUCGCCAGGGUGGGCGAGGACUGGGUCUUCCUCAUCCUCCUGGGGCUGGUCAUGGCGCUGGUGAGCUGGGCCAUGGACUUCGCCAUCGCCACCUGCCUCCAAGCCCAGAAGUGGAUGUAUGGGGGCCUGGACACCAACGUGCUGCUGCAGUACCUGGCCUGGGUCACCUACCCCACCGUGCUCAUCACCUUCUCGGCUGGCUUCACCCAGAUCCUCGCCCCCCAGGCUGUGGGCUCGGGGAUCCCCGAGAUGAAGACCAUCCUGCGGGGGGUCGUGCUGAAGGAGUACCUCACCCUCAAGACCUUCGUGGCCAAGGUGAUCGGGCUGACGUGCGCCCUGGGCAGCGGCAUGCCCCUGGGCAAGGAGGGCCCCUUCGUCCACAUCGCCAGCAUGUGCGCAGCCCUGCUCAGCCGCUUCCUCUCCUUCUUCGGGGGCAUCUAUGAGAAUGAGGCGAGGAACACUGAAAUGCUGGCGGCCGCCUGCGCCGUCGGUGUCGGCUGCUGCUUCGCCGCCCCCAUCGGAGGCGUCCUGUUCAGCAUUGAGGUCACCUCCACCUUCUUCGCCGUCCGCAACUACUGGCGCGGCUUCUUCGCCGCCACCUUCAGCGCCUUCAUCUUCCGUGUCCUGGCUGUCUGGAUCAAGGACGAAGAGACCAUCACAGCGCUCUUCAAAACCCGAUUCCGCCUCGACUUCCCCUUCGACCUGCAGGAGCUGCCCGCCUUCGCCGUCAUCGGGAUCGCCAGCGGCUUCGGGGGCGCACUCUUCGUCUACCUCAACCGUAAGAUCGUGCAGUUCAUGCGCCGCCAGAAGACCAUCAACCGCUUCCUGAUGAAGAAGCGCCUGCUGUUCCCUGCUCUGGUGACGCUGCUCGUCUCCACGCUGACCUUCCCACCUGGCUUCGGACAGUUCAUGGCCGGACAGCUCACCCAGAAGGACACGCUGGUGACGCUGUUCGACAACCAGACGUGGUCCAAGCGGGAGCCCAGCGAUGAGUUCGAGUACAUCGGCAUCCUGGAGGCCUGGCGCAAUCCCCGCUCCAACGUCUUCGUCACCCUCGUUGUCUUCAUCCUCAUGAAGUUCUGGAUGUCAGCCCUGGCCACCACCAUCCCGGUGCCCUGCGGAGCCUUCAUGCCCGUCUUCGUCAUCGGGGCAGCCUUCGGGCGGCUGGUGGGGGAGAGCAUGGCAGCCUGGUUCCCCGACGGCAUCCACACCGACAGCAACACCUACCGCAUCGUGCCGGGGGGCUACGCCGUGGUGGGGGCGGCCGCGCUGUCGGGCGCUGUCACCCACACGGUGUCCACGGCCGUCAUCGUCUUCGAGCUGACGGGACAGAUCUCGCACAUCCUGCCCGUCAUGAUCGCCGUCAUCCUGGCCAACGCUGUGGCCCAGAGCCUCCAGCCCUCGCUCUACGACAGCAUCAUCCGCAUCAAGAAGCUGCCCUACCUCCCUGAGCUGGGCUGGGGGCACCACGAGAAAUACAACGUGCGGGUGGAGGACAUCAUGGUGCGGGACAUCCCCUACGUCUCCCUCAACUGCAAGUACCGGGACCUGCAGCACGUCCUGCACAGCACCAAGAUGAAGAGCCUGGCGCUGGUGGAUUCAGCUGAGUCCAUGAUCCUGCUGGGCUCCAUCGAGCGGGAGCAGGUGGGGGUCCUGCUCAGCCAGCAGCUCCAUCCCCAGCGCCGGCUCCAGGCCCUGCGGCAGAGGGCGCGGGCAAGCUUCGAGGAUGGGCACCGGCUCUCCGAAGCCAGCGUCUGCUUCCAGAUCAACACAGAAGCCUCUUCCUUCGCCCCCACGCGCGGUGGCUCCCGCAAGCCCCUGAAGCCAGCACUGAAGCGGGUGCCCAGCGUCCCCACCAACAGCCCCCCGGCCAGCACUGCCGACACCUCCGGCAUCGCCCUCAAGAACCUCUUCUGUGCCAACACUGCUGCGGAGCCCGCCGAGGAGGACGUGGAUGCGGGGGACCGGAUGACGCCGGCAGAGAUCCUGGCGUGGGAGGAGCAGCAGCUGGAGCAGCCCGUGGACUUCGGCAGCGCCCAGAUCGACCCCGCGCCCUUCCAGCUGGUGGAGUGCACCUCGCUGCACAAGACCCACACCAUCUUCUCACUGCUGGGCCUCGACCACGCAUACGUCACCAGCAUUGGGCGCCUGGUGGGCAUGGUGUCCCUCAAGGAGCUCCGCAAGGCCAUCGAGGGCUCGCUGACGGCCAAGGGGGUGAAAGUGCUGCCACCGCUCGCCAGCUUCCGCCGCAGCAGCACCAGCGCGCCCGAGCCCGACACCACCGACCUGCGCCAGCUCUGGGACCGCCACCAGCACCACCCCAUGCCCCGUGAGGCCGGCCCCGAUGACGGCGACACCGACAAGUGACGGCGACGCCAGACACCCCACCGCCACCACCCCCUGCGUCCCCCGCCCAUGCGCCGGGGGCGGGAACUGCAGGGUCCCCCCCUAUCCCCCGCGGGUACCGGGGGAUGCCCGCACCGGGUCCCGGCGUAGGGUGGGUGCCCUCGACCCGGCACCAGGGGUGGCCAGGUGCCCCCCAGCCUGCCCACCCCCCCCCCCCGCCUUCCCUACCAGCUCCUGGGGCUCCCCACAUCACUAC